AUGGCAUCCAAUAGGGGUCAAGGAGGAAUUCAGCAAUUGUUGGCUGCUGAACAAGAAGCACAACGGAUUGUGAAUGCUGCGAAAAAUGAAAAAUCGGCUAGGUUGAAACAGGCCAAAGAAGAGGCCGAAAAAGAGAUUGCUGAAUACCGUGCCAAGCUUGAAUCUGAGUUUCAAAAGAAAGUUUCGGAUACUAGUGGUGACUCUGGAGCUAAUGUUAAGCGACUUGACCAAGAAACCGAAGAAAAAAUCCAUCACUUGAAAGAAGAAGCUGCAAGAAUUUCGGAGGAUGUUGUUGCCAUGCUCCUUAAGUGUGUAACAACUGUGAAAAAGUAG